AUGGUCGGCACAGGCGGAGACUAAGGAGUCAUGUGACCUGUAACCCGGUAGUAACCAGCCUUCCUCAACACCUUACUGCACAGUCUGAACACUUCACUCACAGUAUUCAACUAGUUCACUGUGUUUCAGAGUUUUAUUUUUAUUUUUACCAGGAUGCUUCCUGCAGCUGCAGUUUUCCAUUUCCCCUGGGAAAUAAACUCUGGAGCAGUGCAGGAAGGAGAGUCAGUGAGAACAUUUGGCAGACUUGCCUGCUAUGAUCCUGAGGUUUCUGAGGCCACGCUGUCAGCUCAGCAUGCUUCAAAAGAGCACCAUGUGGUCAUCCACACCAUGUUUGUGGAGCCCUUUAACCCCAUCAUUGGAGCCCAGUACAUUGUUCUGGGCGAGAUAGAAAAUGCUAAAGGGGUUGGUGUGAUGGUCCGUGCCCGUGUGCUGAACUGUGUUGAUGGUGUAAAUACUGCCCUUCUACAGAAAGCCAUCAAUGAGCAAAGGAGCUUCUUCAGGGAGAGGGACCACAAACAGAGUGAUGCUGCACAACCUGCACACGCAACCUGAUCAGGGUCUUCAUUCAUCAAGUUUCCCAGAGUGCUUGUUGAGUAUCUGGACUACAGCGCUGCCUCUUGCCAAGAGACACUGUUUGCUGUUGUAUGAACUUUAAGAAUGUUUGGUUAAGUGGAAAAUACGUUACUUUCAUUAUUGUUAACUUAACUUAACUACCUUUCUCACCAACAGUUUUCUGCACUUUAUCAGUCCUCGGGUUUCUGUUUGACAAUUAAAGCCCCAAAUUGGAUGGACUUCGGUUUCUUAGUUGAUCAGUGUUUUGGGUCCAUGACUUAUGAAUAUGGUGCAUGUUUUUGCCAUUUCUCUCAGUGUUAAGACAUCUGAUAUUAUUAGUUUUUCAUUACUGCCAUUUUAUAUAGUGGUCUUAACAUUCUUUCAUAUUGAUCUUUUAUCUUUCAAAAAUGCUUUAAGAUUUGUUACAAUAGGUAUUUUUAUAUGGCUCAUGUCAUACAGAUAAAAAACUGAACAUGGAUAUAUUCCACUCACAAUAAAAUAGCAAUGGUUUAAAAUUGUUUACAGAAGAAUAAUUGCUAAACUUUCCCAUUGAGCACUUUGCACUCUCUAUCUGUUCUGUCUAUUAGAUACAUUUUAGCAUCUUGGUAUAGUCUGGGUUAUUAUUGGGUUAUAUUACAUAGAUCAGGAUUUGCACUGAAGUACCACUAGCAGAAUGAAUAUCAUUUUAUCCAUAUUAAUUAAAUAAUCAUACAAACAAUAGAAUUCAAAGCAGAAGCCUGUAUCUCAACCACAUUAGGACCAAGUUUUCAUGGGUUUAAGACAAAAAUCAAUAAAGGCAUGUUCUCCUGUAUCUAAACACGUUGUUUAAAUUAGUCAUCAUGAACAGUAUCUUCUGCAUGCUCUAAUUAGUGAGCUAUACAGUUCCUGGCUUGUAUGCUAAAGCAGUGGUUCCCAACCUUUUGGCUUGUAACCCCUAAUGACAGAUUAUGGCCUUAGAGUUGAUUAGACAUUAAAUAAUUAGUCUUUUAAUUGAUUAGUCCAUCAACAAGGAACAAUUUUGUUAGUUUAUUACUUAUUGCUGUAAUUUUUCAAGCAGAAAUGCCAUGUAGUUUCUAUUUCUAGCUAUUCCAAUGUGAAGAUAUGCUGUUUUUACUUCUUUUCCACAAUAGCAGGUUUUUGACCGUUGCUCAGACAAAAUGUGAAGAUGUCAGUUUGUAUAUUGGGAAAUUGUAAUGGCCAUUCUUCAUUGUUUUCUGAUAUUUAGACCAUUAUUUAUUUAGACCAGCAACUGCAGAAAUAACUGCAGCCUUAGUUUGGACCCCUUUGGUGGCCCCAACCCAUGUUUUUGGAACCACUGUAUUAAAGGAUGCAUCCUUAAAAUUAAA